ACAGCUGGUGCCUCUGAAGGCGGCCGGCGAGCGGACUGGCGUGAGGUGCUGGUGGCCCGCCGCGCCACGCUGCGGGAGCCACCGCCGCCGCCUCGCACCGCUGCACCAUGUCCGGCCAGCUGGAGCGUUGCGAGCGCGAGUGGCAUGAGCUGGAGGGAGAAUUUCAGGAACUGCAGGAAACUCACAGGAUCUACAAGCAGAAGCUAGAGGAGCUGACCGCAUUCCAGACUUUGUGUAGCAGCUCCAUCAACAAGCAGAAGACGCGACUGAAGGACCUAAAGCACACACUCCAGAGGUACAAGCGCCAUGCCAGUCAGGAGGAAGCAGAGCUUGUUCAGCAGUUGGGUGCCAACAUCAAGGAGCGGCAGAAUGUCUUCUUUGACAUGGAAGCCUACCUGCCCAAGAAGAAUGGGCUCUACUUAAAUCUGGUCCUUGGCAAUGUGAACGUGACCCUUCUCAGCAAACAGGCCAAAUUUGCCUACAAGGACGAGUAUGAGAAGUUCAAGCUCUACCUGACUAUCAUCCUGCUCCUGGGUGCUGUAGCUUGUCGAUUUGUCCUUCACUACAGGGUGACGGAUGAAAUCUUUAACUUCCUGCUGGUGUGGUAUUACUGCACCCUGACGAUUCGAGAGAGUAUUCUUAUCAGCAACGGCUCAAGAAUCAAAGGCUGGUGGGUGUCUCAUCACUACGUGUCCACAUUCCUGUCUGGAGUGAUGCUGACCUGGCCUAACGGACUAAUUUAUCAGAAGUUUCGAAAUCAGUUUUUAGCGUUCUCCAUCUUUCAGAGCUGUGUCCAGUUCCUGCAGUAUUAUUACCAGAGGGGCUGCCUUUACCGGCUGCGGGCGCUGGGGGAGAGGAAUCACUUGGACCUCACAGUGGAAGGAUUCCAGUCCUGGAUGUGGCGAGGCCUCACCUUCCUUCUGCCCUUCCUGUUCUGUGGCCAUGUGAGUCUCCCUGGAGUUUGUGGGUGUCCCUGGACUGGGCCGGCCUCCCAGGAACAGUUCCCCAGGCCUGUCUCUCUUGGCAGCCAUCCUGGAGCUGGGCCCCCCCAGCUCCUGGGACCAGGAUGGCCCCUGGGUCCAGGGAUGCCCGAGGCAACAGCCAGAACAGUCCCUUGGCCAAACAUGCCCAACCCCAGGCCCUCAGGCUGCUCCGGCCUAGGGUGCUGCAGGUUCUUUUGAGGGGUUGUCAGUGUCUUAGGGCAAAUGAAAGCAGAAGCUGGGGGGCUUGGCCUCACUCCCUGGGCUUUCCCAUGUGGGUCUCCAGGGGAGUCAUGCGGGGUGAGCAGUGCCUGCCUCCCCUUUCUCCAGUUCUGGCAGCUCUACAAUGCCGUCACGUUAUUUGAGCUCUCCAGUCACGAGGAAUGCAAAGAAUGGCAGGUGUUCGUGUUGGCGCUCACGUUCCUCAUUCUCUUCCUCGGCAAUUUCCUGACCACACUCAAAGUCGUGCACACCAAACUCCAGGAGAACAGAAGCAAGGCCAAGAAGCCAUAAGCCAUGGGGUCGCCCCCCGUGCCCCUGGACUUUGAGACAGCGGGGGACUCCCAAGUGGCAUCCUCGCUGCCGGAUAUCCUCCCCACCAGUGCCAGUGGCCACUGGCAGCAGUGACCUCAGGGGCCAGGGGCAUCGCUGGGAGCAGGGCCUCGGCCCUGGUCCCCAGCUGGACGAGAGGAAUGUGACCCCAGCCUGUGGGCUCAGAAUUAGCCCGCCCCAGCCUCCCUAUUUAUGACAUAUUUAAUAUUGGCCUCGCCCCUUCCCUAGACUCUGCGGCCUUCCUUACCCGCUGCUCGCUGCUCAGCGAGACUGGGUCAGUCUUCCUGGGGCGGGGGGGAGGCUAAGCCUCAGGGAGCCCCUAUGUCCCCCAUCCUGUCAUGUAAACCCCUCAGGUUGGGCACUGGACAUUCCUCGCUGGGGCUGGUUCUCCACUGACCUGCUAUUUACGCGGCCCCCUGGGGAGCGAAAGGAAGCCCCUCAGGGUCCUGUGGAGCCUCCUUACCUGGGGCGCACAGCUUCUGCUGUAAGCUCCCAGCCUCGCUCCGCAGCGGGGACAUUCAGGUUCUCAGAGAACCCCUGUCAGUCUGUGCUUCGUGCUCUUUGUGCUUCUGAGCCUCCCCGCGCGGGCCUCCUGGGGAAAACGGCCGUGCCCCGCUGAAGCUCGGGGCUUGGCCUGAGGCGGGAGGGUUGAGGGGCACCACCAGAGGGCGCCCUUGCACCAUCCUGUGGCCGGUUUGAGGGCGGGCCCCACCGUCCCCCCCAACCCCCCCCCGCGCCCCCUUGUCCACAACGACCCUUAUGGGGUUUCCUGACCCCUGCUCCUCAGCCCUCCUUCCUUAAUUCUUGCAGUGAGCCCUCAAGGAGUGGGACCAAGACCCUCAGCACUGGUUAGGACUCAGCUGGUGUGUAAGUCACCCAUGCUCUGGCUGCCUCCCUUCGCCUCAGAGGUUCUGGAAUGUGGGGAGAGUCAGAGCAGGCUCACUUGGAGGAGACCGCACUCUGGAGGCCAGGGCAGGGCUGCUGGUCACUUCAUGUUAGGUUCUGUAUUCGUGAGGAGGGUGAAGACGCCAACAGGUUUGGUUGCAUUUUUUGCUGCUUCUCACAUGGGCCUCAGCUGCUUUUAAUGACUUGCCUAGAAAUCCCCUUUGACCUGAGUUCACAGAUGGCGCCCAGUGUCAUGCUUCAGCCCUCAAAGGGGUUUAAAUUUUUUUAAUAUGAAAUUUCCCCUCCCCCCUGUAUGAUUCCACAUGAAAAUCCACAUUUCUGCUUUCCCUGGAGAAAUGGAAAGAUCUAGCAACAUUCCCCUAGGGCAGCAUUUGCCUGGGCUGAGCUGCCUUGUCCAGGAUGGGGUGCUUGCUUUCUGGCUUGCCACAGGCCCCACCACUCCCUUUUAUCCCUGCCCUCUUUCACUCAUUUGGGUCUCCCAUCUGGUCCUUUAGGCACUUGGGUUUGCCCCAGACUAGAAACUGGGCAAACUUUUUCUGUAAAGGGCCUCAUGGUCUGUCACACUACUCUAACCUGCAGUUGUAGGGCAAAAGCAGCCAACACAUGAAUGAAUGGGCGUGGCUGUGUUUCAAUAAAACUUUUAUUUACAAAAAUAGGUGGCCAGAUUUGGCCCACAGUUGUUUGUGGACCUCUGUCCUAGACUACUGUUUGUCCGCAAGGCCUUGGGGAACCUAGGUAGGGUGGGCUGGACUUUGGAAGUCUCUUUCUCAGGCCCAGUGGACCAACGCACUGGGCAAAGGAGGGGCUGAGGCAGGAGCCCCUGAAGCUGUUACCUCCUCUUAGCACUGAUUCCUGAGCUAACUCGGCAGCCACCAGCCCUCAAUCUCUGGGGCAUCAGGAUCACCUGGGGCACUUGUUUAAAAACUCCUGGGCCCGUGACCUCAGACCUUUCAGGAGAUUCAGAGAAUGUGUGCUGGGUGUUGAUCAAGUCUGUAAACGAAGGGCGCCAGGAUGGCCUUGGUUUCAGAUCUCCCUAUCUUGACAGAAGUGGAGCCUGGGAGGGACAGUGGAGAGCUUGAUGACUAGUUAAUGAGCCAGUGCCGUCCUGCUGCAGGUAGCGAAACUGUCCUAGAGAGCCUGACUUGCCCAAGAUCACUUGGAGCUGAUGUCCCUUUUCAUCUGGCAAGUAGUUGGAGAAGAGGGGUUGCAGGGGAGGAGACGCUGAGCAGGGGUCAGGUGGACUGUCCAGGAAAUACUUUUUGCUCUUUGGGAAGUUCCUUUUGCCUUUGUAUAUGCCCAGCUCUGGAGAGGUGGCAGCCAAGCCAAAGGCUGAGACUGAAGUCUUCUGUGAGGCGUGGAGGAGGAAGGGCAGGAGGGGGCUGGUGCCUGUGUUCUUCUGAUAGGCCCCAGUCCCAUCGUGGCGGUAGCCUGGAUUCCUAGGAGGAGGAAGCCAGAAGCUGAAGGAUGCAGCCAUGCCUAUCUCAGGAGUCCAGGGAGGCCUCACCCAGAAGGCUGCAGGGUUUGGUCAGGUUCAUGAAAGGACGCCUGCUUUCCACAGGGGCCUGCCUUUUCAGGCCCCUAGGAGAUGGAACAGGAUGGUGGUUAAGAGCCCAGGCUCUGCAGUCAGAGUGACUGGGAUGGGAUCCUGGCUCUACUUAAGGUUAGCUUUGUGACCCUAGGCAAGCUACUUAACCUUUCUGAGUCUUGGUCUCUCUGUAAAACAGAGAAAGCUAACAGUACUUGCCUCAAGGUUAUAAGGAUUAAAUAAGUAAUAUAAAGUGCUCAGACAAGUGGGCUAGCAAUAUUAAUAUUUAAAAAUUAUUAUUCUUAGAAUCCUGUUGGCUUCAGGCCCCCAAGGGCCAUUAAGGCACCCCAGAUGCAGAGGUCAAAGGCCUGGGAAGCUUUUUGGCCAUAGCUGUGCCCAAGUACCUGGGCUCCUGGCAGUGGGGUGGGGUAGAGGAGGGGCCCCUGGCCCACCUGCAUGUAGGUGAUGGGCUCCAGCUGGGCUGCCCGGAGCUUGCGCAGCUGUUCCUUGUCCUUCCUCAGGUCUGUCUUGCAGCCGAUGAGCACCGUGGGGGUCCCACGGCAGAAAUGUGUGACCUCAGGGAACCACUGCAGAAGGAGAGGCUGGGCAUCAGGGUUGGGGCCCCAUCUGUGGCCCCUUUUCCACGGGCUGGUGGGCUGGGAGGUGGGCCUCACCUUGAUGAGAACGUUGUCAUAGCUGGUGGGGUUCAUGACAUCGUAGCAGAUGAGCACGAGGUGGGUGUUCUGGUAGGACAGGGGCCGUAGCCGGUCAUAAUCUUCCUGCCCUGAAACCAGACAGUGGGGGUGGGGUGGGGAUGGUGGUCAGGGAGGUACCCUUGACUUCACCUGAGUCCCUGUCUGAGCUCAGAGGGGCAAGGGAGGGGUUGGGGUCUCUUGGGCAAGCCACUCUGUGUCUCUAGGCCUUGGUUUCCUCAUCUGUAACACAGAAGUGGAAGCCUACAGUCCUGGUGGUAGCAGAGAUUACACAAAAUAAAAGCCAUGCGGGGCUCGGAGAUGGGACAGACUGCAGGGUAAGUGCUGGGAGAACCACUAGCAAUCAUGGCCGUGACAAUCCUCGCCCUCCCAUCCGUGCCCUGGAGCUCAGUUUAAAAGCUCAGAUUCUGAAGUCAAAUCCCUCCCUCCCCGAAGAUUCAGACCAGAGGGGCUGGGUGGGCCCAGGACAUUGCAGUUAACUGUGAAGGGUGCCCUGGAACCUGGACUGAGAGGUGCAUGGUUGAACUCCUGCUGUUCUGGCCUAGUGGGGUGGGGGGACUGCUGGAGGCAACAAGCAUUUGCCCGCCCAGGUCCACAUGCUGCCUCACGUGGGAGAAAUGAACAAUUCUGAUACUCGGCCCCUCCCAGCACCAACUGAAUCAGAACCCAAGGCUGGGCGUGGGCAAUGGUGGGUUGGUUUUUUGUUUUUUUUUUUUAAUGUUCUUAGUAAUUUUUGAUUGACAAUUUCAAAUCUACAGAAAAACAGCAAAGAAGAGUGCAAAGAACUCCCUUAUUCAGGUUCACUGAGGCUUUACGUUUUGCCCACUUGCUUUAUCUGUAUGUAAACACUUGGAACCAUGUGAGAAGUAAUUGCAGACCUUUUACUUCUUAACUGCUCAGGAGAGUUCCCAUGUAGUUUUUCUAAGAACAAGUACGUCUUCUCACCUACCUCAGUCCAAAUAUCAUACUCAGAAACCAGCACUGACACUGUACUCUUCUAGUCCAAUCUAAUACAGGCUAUAUUUAGAUUUCACCAAUAAGGGCCUGGACUAUUUUUCCCCCAGUCCAGAAGCAGGCUCAGGAUUAUGCCCUGCAUGUGGUCGCCAUGCCCCAGUAUUUUUGAAAAAUUCCCACAGUGAGAAAUGAGAGCCAUUCAGGCCCACAGGCAACCCCCAGCCACCUCCACAGAAAGGCUCAGGCAGUGACUUCCUUCCGGGGAACAUGGAACCUGGAGCCCAAGAAUCUGCCACCCCUCACUCUAGACUAUGGUUGCCAGGGUGGUGCCAGCCUGUCCUCUACCUCCUCCUGCCAAAGACUUCUCAGGACAAGUGGCCUCGGAGUUCCCUUCAUGGCUCAGCAGUUAACGAACCCAACUAUUAUCCAUGAGGACGUGAGUUUGAUCCCUGGCCUUGCUCAGUGGGUUAAGGAUCUGGCAUUGCCUGAGCUGUGGUGUAGGUUGCAGACACGGCUCAGAUCCCAUGUUGCUGUGGCUGCGGUAUAGGCCAGCAGCUGUAGCUCUGAUUUGACCCCUGGCCUGGGAACUUCCACAUGCUGGGGGUGUGGCUCUAAAAAGCCGGGGGGCGGGGGGGAAGGUCAAGGGGCCUCUCCAGGGAGCACAGAAGGCCAUGCCCUGCUCUUAGACCCCUGCCACCACCUCCUUUUGCACUUGCUCCCUUUCAACCCAGGGAUUCCUGAGAGUGUGCAGUGACCAUGCUGUCAUUCAACCAAAGUCCCCUCCACCCUGGAGAAGGGGGGCCCAGCAGACUCAGGCCCUCCUGCCCUCAUUUCUACAAAGCUGGAAAAAUUCUUGUAAGAUGGUGGAGAGCCAGCUCAACAUGUUACUUCAGCCCAUCUCCUCCCCUCGCCACACAUGUCCCCAAACUGUCCCCUCUCCUAACCUUUGUCUACAUCUUUCUAGACCUGGACUAUCUGAUAGGGUCACUUAGCCCCAUGUGACUAUUUAACUUAAUUAACAUUAAAAAUUCAGGUUCUCCAUUGCACUGGCUACACUGAAGUGACUGACUGUCACACGGGGCUAGUGGCCACCAUAAUGGGCACUGCAGGGGCAGAACAUUUCCAUCGUUGCAGAAAGUUCUCUUGGACGGCAGGGCGCCAUCCUCACCCAAGCCACCAUUGGUCUCCUGUGCCACCUCCUCCCUGGUCUCCCACUGCCCUUCAAUCCUGGCAGCUGGAUGGAUCUUAAAACACAAAUAAAAUCAUGUUCCUCUCCCCUCAACUGAAACACCUUCAAUGGCUCCCUCCUGCCCUUUGUGGAAAAUCCAAGCAUCUACUAGUGGUCCACAGGACCCUAGCGCCCACCAGCCUUGACGUCAUCCCCCUCCCUCCUUCCCCCUCACUCACUGGGUGUCUACAAUGUGAGGAUGCUGCUCAUAAUUCUGGUCUCAUGUCCAUUCUGAUUCCCUUGAAGAAACAUGACAGGAGAUGACAAGCAGUUGUCAAGUGGGGCUACUGCACUCUGAUGUCUUCCCUCGUCUUGCCGGCUGAUUCCUCAGAGAGGCCUUCCCUGGACACGCCAAGUCUGUCCCCUGUUUGUCCCCUAAUCUGUACUCAUACACCUUCAUGUUCACUGCCUGUCUGCCUGUAAGCACACUGAGGGCAGGGUCUAUGUCUGUCCUUAAAAAUCAUUCCUGGAGUUCCCGUCAUGGCUCAGCAGUAACAAGCCUGACUAGUAUCCAUGAGGAUGUGGGUUCGAUCCCUGGCCUCACUCAGUGGGUUAAGAAUCUGACUUUGCCAUGAGCUGUGGCAUACGUAGGUCACAGACAUGGCUCAGAUAUGGCGUGGCUGUGGCAGCUGCAGCUCCAAUUCAGCCUCUAGCCUGGGAAUUUCCAUAUGCUCCAGGGGUGGACCUAAAAGAAAAAAAUUCAUUCCUGGCACCCGGUAGGCACCAUCGGCUGGUGGGCUGUUUUGAAGUUGUUCAACUCUUGGCAGAUGCAGCGGAGAUAAGGGCUGAGAUGCACCACUGGGUUUAGCAAUUGGGGCCUGUGAUGACUUCAGCAGGGCUGAUGGAGGCAGAAGUCAGGCUGCAGCUGAAGGAGGAAGUCAGACCAAGCCUGCUCCUAGCUCAGGACCUCUCCCUUGCUGGUCCCUCUUCUAGAAGGCUCUUUCCAGGGACACAUAAGACCCUGAGGACAGGGGUCAUCUUUGUCUGUACCGGUCACUGUUACAUCGCCUGGGAUACCGGCAAGCUUAAUAAACAUUUGGGGAACUAAUGAACAAACUAACUAGUGGGUGAAUAAAGUGUAGUGAUCAUC